AUGAGUCCGACGAAAGAUGGAAGAAACCGCGUGGUCGCGACGGGGAGUCCCGAGCAGCGAAAAUCCUCGGUCCACCGGUUGGAGCCGUCGCCGAAUUUCUUGGAGAUCGAGGGAUGGCAGACCAACGGGGUGGAGGGAUUGCAGAUAAAUGGAAGGGAGGGACACGCGCGAAGACUGUCGGCGAAGAACUCCGACCGCAGGGUGGAUGGAAGUCCACGGUCCGAGGACGAUGCCAAUCGCGUCGAGUCGAAUGGUCGCGUUGCGGGCGCGCCGGCUCGGCGGGGUCAGCGCGAGGUUAACGGCGACCGAAGAAGCGGUCAGGCCCCGCUUUUGUCGGAAGGGGUGGUCUUUGAAGAGCCGGACGAGGCGCGGGGCGUACAAAGAACGCCGCUGGUGGGCGUGUUUGAAGUUUCGGAGGGCUCUGAAGGCAUUAAUCGAAGUUCCGGAGAGGUUUCUUCUCCGUCGCAUCAGGACAAGGAGAAGGAUCGGAUCCUCAAACUAUCGCCCGCCAAGAUGCAGGCGCUCACAUCGUCGCCGCAGUCGAUCCCCUAUCGCGCGGCCCCGUCGGAGUCGGAACCGGGUCGACGAGUCGUGUCGGACGGGAUGCGCCCCGUCGUUCCUCCGCUGGAGCCAGUCGACGAGUCACAUGUGCCGGGGGACAAGGUGCGCUCGAAUCAGGAGUCGUUGGAGGGCGCGCCGAGCGCGAUCGGCAGACCGUCGACGUCGACGACGACAACGACGCGCAGUCGGCCCAUGCCCUCGCGGGCUGUCUCGACGCCCGGCAGCAUGCGGCGACAGACCGUGGCCGCGGGGAAUGAGCGCCUCGCACAGACGUGGGCCUCGCGCUCGAAACAGGACCGCCUGCCGAUCAACCGGGAAAGCGAGACGAAGCAGACCGUCCCAUCGUCACAGAUGGGCGAACCGGCGCUGCCCUCUCCGGUGCCGCCCACGAUCCCCAUCCCGCCGUUGUCCGUGCCGACGUACCUGCAGCUCGAGCUGUCGUCCGGCCGACCUUCCCCUCUGUAUAUUCACCGCACUGCGAUGAGCGACUUCCCGUACGAGUCGUCCCGCGUGAAGCUGGAGCGGCUGAUGAAUUUCCUGAUCCUCCCUCCGGCGCUGGAGCAGGUCCUCUGGUUUGGGACCCUGGCGUGUCUGGACUCGUGGCUCUACUCGUUUACCAUCCUCCCGCUGCGCUUUGCCAAAGCGCUGUACAUAUUGUUAGAGUCAUGGGCGGUCAACCUGGGCGUCGAGUUUCGGUACGUUUCCGGGUUUGUGGUUAAGGGUGUAGGACGCGUGUGGCGCAGGCGCAACAACGCACCGGCGGACAGCACCAGCCAGGAGGUGCCUCGAAGUUCGGAGCCAGGACCGCGGCGGUCGCGGACAGCGUCCAUGAAACAGGAGAUGCCCAUCGAACGGCCCGUCAGGAUCAAAGCGACGGAACCGAGGCGGCGUCGUACAGACACCCAGUUCCGUCCGCAACAUCGACGGCAAAAGUCCAUCCCCUCGGCGCUGAUGCCCGACGACAAGGCGGACAUCCUCAAGGGCCUGCUGAUGAUCGCCACCUGCGUCGUGCUGAUGUACUUCGACGCCAGUCGCAUGUACCACUGGAUCCGGGGACAGGCGGCCAUCAAGCUGUACGUGAUCUACAACGUGCUCGAAGUGAGCGACCGCCUCUUCGCCGCCAUCGGCCAGGACGUGCUCGAGUGUCUCUUCUCGCGCGAGGCGCUGGAGCGUCGGCCCGACGGGCGUAGCAAAGUGUUCCGGCCGUUCGGGCUGUUUCUUCUAGCGCUGGGGUACACGGUGACGCACGCGACGUCGCUAUUCUACCAGGUCAUGACGCUGAACGUGGCGGUGAACUCGUACUCGAACGCGCUUAUCACACUGCUCCUCUCGAACCAGUUCGUGGAGAUCAAGUCGACGGUGUUCAAGAAGUUCGAGAAAGAGAACCUGUUCCAGCUGACCUGCGCGGACGUAGUCGAGCGGUUCCAGCUGUGGCUGAUGUUGACGAUCAUCGCAUCGCGGAACAUCGUCGAGACUGGGGCGCUGAACUUCAUCGGCGAGCUGGGCACCAGCUUCAGCGGGCAAGCGUCGGCGAGCACUAACAGCACGCCGAUGUCUACACCACCGCGCAUGGCCUCGUCUAUCCUCCCACAGUCCUUCACCAUCGUGCCAUCCUCUAUCGUCGCCUCCUUCAGCCACGUCAACUCCUUCCUCCCGACCCUAGCCCAAGUCCUCGGACCAUUCCUCGUCGUGCUCGGCUCCGAAAUGCUAGUAGACUGGCUCAAGCACGCCUACAUCAACAAAUUCAACAACACCCGCCCAGCAAUGUACCACCGCUUCCUCGACAUCCUCGCAAAGGACUACUACACGAACGCCUUCGGCGACCCGAACCUCAUGCGCCGAGUCGGCCUCCCCGUCAUCCCGCUCUCCUGCCUCUUCUUCCGCGUGUCGGUCCAGACCUACCAAAUGUUUCUGACAGCGCUCCUCCCACAACAACCCUCCUCCACAGCCGUAGACUCCACCUCACUCUCCUCCAUCCACAGCCACUACGCGCCGUCACCCCAGCCCUCCCUCCCGCCACUCACACUGCGCACAAUCCUCCCCGCCUCCGCCGCCCACGCGGGUGCCUUCUUCCGCCAGCUCCUCGCGAACGCGAUCCCCACCCCGGCCCAAUCAGUCUACAUCUUCACCGCCGUGCUCCUCCUAACAGGCUUCGUCCUCCUCCUAAUCAUCAAGCUCCUCCUCGGAAUGCUCCUCCUGACGUGGUCCCGCGGACGGUACAAAUCAAUGAAGCAGCGCGAGCGCGAGCGCGAACACAACACAGACAUGCCCCCGCCACCCCCGCCAUCACAGCCACAGCCACAACAACAACAACAACAACAACAACCUCCCCCAGACCACGGCAACGCGCCGCGCGGGCGAGAAUACGCCGUCGAAGGCAGCCGCCGCGUGGGCGGGUGGGGCGUGGUAGAAGUGAACGACGACCACCGGCGGUGGAUCUACGCUGAUGAUCCUGCGGCGCUCAAGCGGUUGAAGGCGCGCGAGGAGAAGGAGAGGAGUGGACGGGGAGAGGAGGAUUGGAAUAUGGAUCAUGUGACGAGGUAUGAGAUGGUUGCUAAGAGGAUUUGGUAA